GCCGUUAAAUAUUUUAUUCAAAGUUCUGUUCUGAUUGGACUGCAUGUCAUGAUUCGAACUUCUGCUGCAAUUCAUUUCGACCCCAUGGGGGGUGGGGAAAUGCUGUCAAAUUUUUGAUUGAUUGAUUGAUUGAUUGAUUGAUUGAUUGGUUGAUUGAUUGAUGAGCUUGAUUGAUUGAUAGAGGGAGAGAGAGAGACGAAAAGGCAGGGAGAGAGAGACAGACGUAGACUCAGACAACAUUUGAUCUGAUCUCCCAUGGCCCCUUGUCGUUUGAUUGGGCAGUUUUCAAUGUCUGCAGGAUGCCUAAGGGAGGUUCAGAUGCCAUUAAGCGGCACUUCGUGCAGCUCGAAGUGGUGGGGGAUCCGGACAAGGGCAAAUACAAAUGGAAGUGCUGGUACUGCGAACAUGUCUUCCCGGGCACUGCGAAUCGCUACGCUAAGCACUUCAUGUCUACGACGAAGGGGCCAAGAUGUAACAUGGCAAGGGUGAGCAGUAGGCUGUCGGCGGAGGAGAAAGAGAGGAGAGAGUUGGGCCGACUUGAGGCCAUUGCUCUGGUCUUGGGAAAGCGGCAAGCGCAUGAGGAUGUUGAUGAAUUUGAGGAAUGUCGUUCCCAAGAGAGGGACGUGGAUGAGCAGGUUGUGGGGGAGGAGGACGAGUGCAAUAGCCCAACCUCUCCGCAGGCAAGUACCCAAAAGCAGCCAAACAGCACGCGUUCAUCCAACAUCCGGGCGCGGCAAACUACGCUCGAAGAGGGUGGGGCAAUCGUGUCAAAGAACGAGGAAGCACAGCGCUCAAUUGAUGAUUGGUUGGUGUUUGAUCGGGUCCCAUUCACGAUGGUGCGCAGCAAGUACUUCUUGCGGAUGUUGCAGAAGGUUCGCGAAGCAGAACGGUCCUUCAUCCCUGCGAAGUACGAUGUGCAGCGAACGAAGAGAUUAGACGUCAGCGAGGCGCGUGUGGCGGAGGGAGUGGCGCGGCAACAUAAAAGAUGGGCACGCACAGGCUGCAUGCUCCAAUUGGAUGGGUGGACGGAUCGGAAAGGACGGCCACACUUGAAUGUGAUGGUCUCCUUUCCGACCGGUGUGGUUUUUUGGAAAUCCCACUGCAUGUCGGGAAAGGAGAAAGGAUCAGAGGCGUACUUCAACAUCCUGUCGCAGUCAAUCAAGGAGGUUGGCGAGAAAGUUGUGGUCGGUGUCAUCAUGGACAAUGCGGCCGUGUGUGCAAGAGCGGGAAGGCUGGUGGAGGACACAUUUCCCACCAUCUUUCAUGUACCAUGCGCAGCGCAUUGCCUGGACCUCAUGUUGCACGACAUCGGGCGGACCGACUGGGUGAAGGAGGUUGUGGGAAAGGGCAAUGACGUGGUGAAGUUCUUCAUGAACCACCAGCGCGAACGUGACAUCUUCUACGUGCACUCCGGCGGGAGGCAAAUGUUGCGGCCUGCUGCAACACGGUUCGCUACAAAUUUUCAUAUGCUCGACCACCUAAAAAAGCAACGCAAUGCACUGGUUGCCACGGUCAGACACGAUGCUCGUUGGAAGCCGACCGUCGUACCUCAUGUGCAGCGCGACACAUUCCACGAGAUGGAGGAGAUUGUCCUUGAUGGAGCGGGCUUUUGGGAGGGCGUCAACAAAGUUAUCUCCGCUGUUUAUGACAUUGUCCUGCUGCUGAAGGUGGUGGACGGCACUGGACCCACCAUCAGCAAAUUAUAUGCGAGGAUGGACAAGGCAGUGGAAAGAUUGCGGGGCAAUCCAAAAUUGCCAAAGGAUGAGCGGGAGGACAUCAAGGAAAUGAUCAUGCGCCGAUGGAAUGUGAUGACCACGCCGCUGCAUUGUGCAGCAUUGUUCUUGGAUCCGGAGUACCGCUCGUGGAAUAUGUACCUGCUUGAUACCUUGCAGCAGAUGCCCGAGAUGGGCCAAGAUGUGAUUGACUGGGAUGACCCGCCCACCGAGGAAGAGCAGGAGCAGGCUGAGCGGGCGAAGUUGGCUGAGUGCAGAUUGAAGCGGAUCGAGUCGAGUGGGGAGGAUGCUGCUCCACCUCCAGAUGAAGGGGGUGACGAAGGCGGGGACGAGGCUGCUGAUCAUCGCCGUGAGCCGUGUGAGCUGGAUGCCAUUGAGGAUGGGCACGCGGAAGACUGGAGAGGAUUAACGAAGGCAGGCAUGUAUAUGGCCUCACGUUCGCAUAGACAAGCGCGCAAGAAGGCACGGUCCUUGGGAACAGCAGAGCAUAUGCGCAAGCAUAUGAAGAGAGGUGGUGUAGCAGAUCCUCGUGAUGCUGCAACAGCAGCGCAGGUUGGGCAGCAAGAAAAACGCGGAAGAGGCAGGCCGCGAAAAUACGUGGCCCCCGAGAAUGGAGAAGCUUCGAAUCUGGCUUCUAUAGAGGAAGUUCAGGAAGAUGCAGAGGAGUGCAGCGAUAGCGACAGCGAGGAGGAGAACGAAGGAGAGGGGGGUGGUCUCCAACGAAAGAGACAACGAGAUGGAGGACAAUCUGAAGAGGCCGCUGGUGUUGCUACAUCUGAAUAUGGCACAAGUGAUGAAGAACGCCCUAUCGAGUAAACUUUUAGUAAAGCUAUGUUCUUUCA